AUGCAGCCCCAACCGCCAAGCCUGCUCGAUGGUCCCUGGGCUCACCUUAUUUCCAGGACAAAGACCGGAGUAGUUGCCACGGAGUUUCAAGCCCUGCAUGGAGACAUGAUCCAGGUGAAAGGAAGGAUCCUGCCAGAUGCCAAAGAAUUCGUUGUGAAACUGGGCCAAGACCCUGACAACCUCGUUCUUCACUUCAACCCGCGCUUUGACCGCCAGAGGUGUCCGGACACCAUUGUGUGCAACUCCAAGGAAAAUGGGGUGUGGGGGAAAGAGGAGGAGAGCCUCUCCAAGUUCCCUUUCGAGCCAGGCGCCAGAGUUGAGGUGAGGUCCGAGCAGUAGAUCAAAUGGAGCCAGGC